UUUAAAUAUUUGUUUAGUUCUCACCAAAGCUCACGCUAUAUUGCUGUAGAUCAUUAAACUGUUACGCUGCCUCAGAAGUCUGUCCGAAAUCAGUCGUGAGGUACCUUUUAUGUACAAACGCUGCUGUACAAGUCAUUCUCUUAUAAGACAGCGAGGCAGCAAGACGGCUACCUAGGUUUUCGGACGCAGCCAUGGUUUUUGUAAGUUCAUUGUCUGGUCUCGUCAAACAUACCUGGACACCUUACCUGUGAUUUCCCGGUGUUCCCGUUGUUGCCCUCCUGUGUCCUGUUCUUCAUGUUUUCCAUCAGCUCCUGCAAAGACAUUCAAAAUUACUCAUUACAAGUGUCUGUUUGAUUGUGCUUGCACCUUUACUCACCAUAUCAUCUGCUGUUACUUGUGUUCGUGUCUCUGUCAAUAAACAUCUAUUACCUCUCUGUCUCCGUCUGAGUCUGAUAGAAAUAAAUUUAAAUACAUUUUGGUUGUGGUUUUUUUUUUUUUUUUUUUUUUUUUUUUUUUUUUUUUCACUGGGGGGGUCUGACAAUUUGCACAGAUCACAUUUCCUACUUUCAUACUUUGAAAACAGUUAAAGGGUGAAGGUAAAAGGUCUUGUGGUUUGUGCUCCUAUUCAGUCAUUCUGCAGUGAGCUGCUCUAAACUCUGACUCUAAACUAGCAACAACAUUAUUACUACUGAAAAAAAAAAAAGUUUAAGAAGUGAACUUUACAUUUAUUGUUAUUAAAAAAUGCACAAAAAUACCAUUUUCAAUUUUUAUAUGAACUAUAUAUUUUCCAAAACAUCAAAGCCAAAAAUCUAAACAAGCUGUGUUCCAAAUUUGAGGUUUAAAUCUCAAAAAAUGAGCUUUCAAUAAGAAUUUGUUUGAGUCGUACCAAACAUUUACAAUAAAUGAAAUUCAUCUCCCAUCAUUUUCCAAUAUGGUCAUUUUUGACCGCAAAUAAUACAAGUAUGACCAUUUUUUUUUCAGAACCAUUUAACCUUUUUGAAUCAUGUCUAUUGUGUGUGUGUGUGUGUGUGUGUGUGUUUACACAGCAAGUGCCAAAACCUUUAGAGUUUCAUACCAUUUCGUAACACAGGAAACUAAACAUAUGCAAAACCCACCUGAACAGACACAAAACUCAGAUAGUCCAUUACAAUUUUAUCUGUACACACCACGGCUGCAUUUAACUUUUAGACAUACUGUACACUCGUGAACUUCCCUAAGCACAUUCCCUAGAGGGACAUCACAACAGAUUGCACUCAAUUUACCCCAUACAACUCUGUAUGAUAUUAGAGUUGUUUUGAUAUUUAACUGCAUAAUACUUGUUUUUGGUUUUUGGUUUUGUUUUUUUACACAGUUACAGUUUAAUGUAUUGUAUGGAGCCCCUAAAGGGACGGGAAGCUGGAAAAAAUUUGGGAUGGGAGGAAAAAAUGUUUUUUCAAAACUUUUUGCAUUCGGUCAGUGCUUAACUCAAGGAGUAAAGUUCCUGGAUCAGUAACUCGUGAGUCAUUAACUUUUUUAAAAACACAAAUGACGCUAUUCCCAGUAUAGUAACGUAGACAAAGAGCUACAGCCUAAUUUUCCUCAAUACGAGCCUUAGGCUAUAAUACUGCCUAUAAUAAUAAUAUAAUAUCUCUUUGAGCAUUUGAUUCAAUGUGAUUUAAAUUCAUUGAUUACUUAAAGUGCAUAUUGCAGGUUAAACAUUUUUUUCGAGAUGAAUAUAUAACCUUGUACAAAAAUACCAUAUAAAAAGGUACUGCAGGGUUUAAAAAUGUUUUGCAGGACACAAGUGCACGAAUUUAGUAGAUAAAGUGAUGGUCUCUAUAAAAACCGCUUUUUUUCAGCGUCGCGUCAUUUUACGUCACUAAAGGGAGUCGAUCGCAGAGCUCUGUGUUGAUUCAGUGCAGAGUAGGUUGGUAUUCUGUAGUUUUUGUAUUCUAUUCAGCCUGUCAGGACAUCGAGUCCAGAGGUUUACUAACAAGAAAAAGGACACUGCUAUCUUCUGUGCCGGGGUGUGUUUUGUGCAGGUGAAGAGACGGGACUUCACUUCUGAAAAAAUGACACAAAUUCGUACAAAUAAAAAAAUAUUUAUUUAAUUCAGCAUUUUAGUGUGUAUGUGAGUGAGUGAGUGUGUGUGAGAGAGAGAUAAUGGUUAGUGUUGUUUAUUGUAGGUGUUGGUAGCAGGUUUUGAGGCCUUCAGCACAGGGGUUGGUGGCUCCCAUUUGAAACAUGGUUCCAGGCCAGCCAUUUUCACUGUCAUGAUCCAAUCGAGAGUUGGGUUUCACGAUCCAAGUGCAUGCCUCUGAUUAGUAUUAUGUAUUAUGUUUACACAUACCAAUUAAACGCGCAGGUCUCCUCUCGUGCGUCCUUCCCACUGCGUCGCUGGUCGAGGCAAUAAUCACUUUCAUUUCGCUUUCAGAUAUCUCUUUUAUAGAUGCCUUCAAUGCUUUUACCUUUCUAGAUGUAAUUAUCGAAAUCAAAACAGUCCAUAAACUAUAUCCUCAUGAAAACUUCAGUCAAGCCAGCUCGCGCGUCAACCAGAGAGAUCAGCCUCCUUAAAGGAGCUGUAUGUAAGAAAUCUAUUUCAAUUAAUCAUAAAAUGGCCCUGAUGUGUCACUAGACAUUAAGAAAUCAUGUUCAUUUCAAAUACUUAUAUCACUGACAAAAGUAGUUUGGCCAGGAUAUUGUCAUUUAAAAAGUGGACUUGCAGCCCUCAACUGAUGUUGAUGUUGUCAUUUUGUGUUUUGGCCUGACGCGCCUCCCUCCACCUAUCUACCAAUCACGGAGUCAGUAGUGUUUCGGGAUCCGUGUUGCCAGCUUUGCUGUAACCUACCCUAACUCCAGUCGGAUAAAAAUGUCUAAUGUUACUAAAUCAAAAAGACCUCGUUAUAAUUCAGAAAUUCGACAAAGUCCGAAAAAAAAAAACAGAAUUUGUAUUGGAGAUGCUUUUGAAAGAUGGAGACGGCUGAAAACGGAGAAGAAUUUGAACACAGACGCCAACGUUGCUAAUUUUCUCCUGGACAGGUAAGAUUCAUCUAUGCUUGGCUAACUUGUACUUGAUGUCAAUGGACAUUUCAUAUAUUCAUGACAGUCGAACAAAGUUAUGCAUGUUUGUGCAAAGUAACAUAACGUUAGCUCACAUGGACGUAUGCUCUGUCAUUAUGCUGAGACGCUGAGGAAAACAACAUUAGCACGGCCAUUAUGGCAAUUUGAAACGUAAUUGAGACAGUAGCCUAAUGUUACCUCAGUAAAAAUGAUUCGUCAUUUGUUCUUCACGUAUAUCGUGGACUAAGUUACACAUGCUGCAAGUUGACCUGUAUGACCAUUGCUAAUGUAAUUUAGUUACUCUAACAAUAUUUUCUGAUGGAACUGAAAACAACCCUGUGAUAGCCAUUGGUGAUAUUGAAUUUGUCCCGCGUUAUAAUUGCUGUGGCAAAUGUUUUGGUUAUUUGUUAGCCUACUUGUGACAAAAACUUUAGUACUUGUAAAUCUAUUUUUUUUUUUUUUUUCGUAUUGAAAAAUAAGGAAUUUUUAUUUUUACUCUUAUUUUUGUUUUUUUUUCUCAGAUUUUUUUUUAAUUGUAAUUGUAUUUAUAUGUUCAAAACAUUAUAUGUACUAUGUUAGUGAUGGUUUGGAAGCACUACAGUAGGUGCAAUUCCAAGGAAAAACAGCUGGCCACUUUCACUUAUAGCAUCAGCUAAAUGAAUAGCUGUAUCUUUGAUAUUGGUUACACAUAGUGACAUAGGCUUGUGCUUGUACUUACAUUACUGACAGAUAAAUAACGUUACAAGUUAGACUAACAGUUACCGUUCUGUCUGUCACGUACAAGCAUAAAUCUUUACGAUUAUAUUUAACUAAUGACAAUUAGUACAUUUUUUAAAUACAUAAUUACUUAUCAAAAUAUCUCUCAUGAAGCAUAAACAGAAUUAACAGAAAAAAAACUUACUGUGUACGUCUGUUCGUCACUUGCCAUUGGAAGCUCAUUGAAGCAGCCUACGUUUCUGCUGAAUCCUGCAGCUCAUCUGGCAACCUCGAGUCAGGGGGUAGGGGGAGGGGAUACACCGCUCUACAGUAUUUUUAUAGUGAUUGCAGUACCAGUUUAGGCCACAAUCCUACAUACAGCUCCUUUAACGUUACCUUAAAGUGUCAAAUUUCCCGGUCUCUGAAUGGACGGUUUGGCUUGAUUAACAAACGCUAAUGUUCGGGCACGAUUUAUAUACCAUCGACCUGUCCUAAAACGUUAGCACGUUGUGAUCGAUUGCUUGGAGAUCGCGUGUUUCUCCGUUCGAGAGCGCAUUUCCUGUUCACAUCUGCGACAAAACAGUUGAUUAUUUGCGAACGAAAGCUCACAGAAAUGUGAAAAUUCUCAUUUGAAAUAAAAUAUCCUAAGCUAAAAGAUGAUAUAUUGUGACUGAUUGAAGCAGCCCUUGUCAAAAGUGCGGGGUCGAUUUCUGUCUUUUCAAAACUGCGAGGGUCCUGACCCCCCUGUUACUAACUUAAUAAUAAGUUUGUUCAGAAAUGGUGACGACAACCUGAAUAAAAAAAAAUAAAAAACGUCUCUCUCAUUUUCUCAAAAUAACGUCAUUUAAAUACACGAAUAUUCGUUUUUUAUCAAAUAUUCGAAUACAAUAUUUUGGAAAAAUGCCCAUCCCUACUAGCUCGGCUAGUUCACGUAACAUACUCUGGUCAAACUGUUAACUAACCUAACGUUACCAGCUGCCUGGACACAAAUAUUCCCAGCAAUUUGAUGAGAUGACUUACUGUACUCAUAGGAUAUGGUCCCACGUCGAUCACGAUCAGUCUGUAGCCAGAUGUGAAUCAAUGUGACUGACAGAUGUCCUCUUCUGUAGCUAACUACUUCAGCGAGCAUCUGAAUCAGUGAGCGAGCCCGUGAAUCACAGAAUGUGUCGUUGGAAACAGAACGUAAACGUUGUUGUGGCGGGAAUAUCUUAAUCUUACCCGGAUACAGCAAUUCUAUUUUCUGAUUGGCUGUUCGGUAGCUAUAUUUUUUAUUAGAUUAACUGGUGCGUGGCAGGGCCUUCUGAACUCUAUGGGGAACUCGCUUGAUUCCUCUAAUAGCGGCGCAACUUGUUGUGCGUUAUCCUGGAGAUUUCUCUGCGUGAGAAAUACAAGGUGUGGCGUGUGAGCGUGUGAACGGGUUGAAAUCAAAUGCGUGUGUCUCACGCCCAAUGCGUGAGACUUGAGAGCCUUGUGGUGCCAAUGUAUACUGUAAACGUAUACAUUCAAGUUCACACAACUACAUAAUCAUGGCGUCAUAUACAUCCUCACACUAUCAGUGAAUGGGUACGGAAUAAACUCAGAUAACACAGAAUUAAUGAAUAAAGGAUAACAUUACAUUAAACAUACAGUAACACUACUAUGUUCGGCUGCCGGCGGGAGACAUGAUCACGGAUCCGUCAGAGAUGCAGCUCGAAGAACACGUGAAUUGUGCACCCUCAGACAGACAGACCCUGCAAGCAGGUUUAUCAGUUGGACAUAAAUUAUGUUCAGGGUGAUGUUAUGUCUAUUUCUUGUCUAACCACAAGCCACGCACUGGAUUCUCUAACAGUGAAACUACGCAGAACUUACCCAACUAAGGACAUCCUAAUGUCUUCAGACACUUCAGACACUCCAGCGUCAGAGCAUCAGAGAUGGUCUGUGAGAAAUGAUGCUGGAAAUGUUACACUUUACCUGAAAGACCUCAGUUUAUCUGAUGAUGGCCUUUAUGACUGUCAGGUCUACAAUGGUUUGGACUGCCUUAAAGCUACUCGAUUUAACCUGAGUGUCAAAAAGUGUAAAAUUUUGAACCCUGUUCAUGCAACGGCAUAUACUUCAGUGUUGCUGCCAUGCUCUGAACAUUCACUGCAAAACAGACCUGAUCGAGUUACUUGGAAAAUCAUUACUGGUCAACAAUCAACAGAAAUAACCCAAUAUCGCCCUCCACACAAGCCCUCAAACAGCACAGAGAGAGUCCCGAGGCCUCUGUAUGAGAGAGCCAGAAUACUAAGGAAUGGAUCUCUGUUUAUAAGGGAUGCAGUAAACACUGAUGGAUCAUGGUAUCAGUGCAGAGUGAGUGAAAAAACCUGCUAUGAGUUGAAGCUGGUGAUGAAAGUGGUGACAAAAAGACCCUGCAAGCAGGUCCAUCAGUUGAACAUAAAUUAUGUUGAGGGUGACAAUAUGUCUAUUUCUUACCUAACCACAACCCACCCGCUGGAGUCUCUGACAGUGAAAAUACACAGAACUGACCUGGUUCAACACAUCCUAAUGUUUUCAGACACCUCUCCAGCAUCAGAGCAUCAGAGAUGGUCUGUGAGAAAUGAUUCUGGUAGUGUUACACUUUACCUGAAAGACAUCAGUUUAUCUGAUCAAGGCCGUUAUGAAUGUCAAGUCUACAAAGAUUUGGACUGCCUUAAAACAACUCUUAUUAACCUGAGAGUCAGAGAGUGUAAAACUUUGGACACUGUCCAUGCGACUCCAGACUCUUCAGUGUUGCUGCCAUGCUCUGAACAUCCUCUACAAAACAGAACUGAUCAAGUGACUUGGAAAAUCUUUCAUGGUCACCAAUCAACAGAAAUAGCCCAAUACCGCCCUCCAAACAAGCCCUCAAACAGCACAGAGAGAGACACGAGGCCUCUGUAUGAGAGAGCCAGAAUACUAGGGAAUGGAUCUCUGUUUAUAAGGGAUGCAGUAAACACUGAUGGAUCAUGGUAUCAGUGCAGAGUGAGUGAAAAAACCUGCUAUGAGGUGAAGCUGGUGAUGAAAGUGAUCACAGAUGCUCCAACCCCAGCUGACAGUCCUGCAGCAGUCACAAUUAAUCUGAUAGCAGUAGUGAUGAUCACAAUAGUGUCUCUGAGUGUCUUCAUAACACUGAUCGUCGGUGCGACUCUUUAUUUCAAAAAAGGAAGGAUCAAAAUCAACAACCAAAUUGAAUUGGACUGCUGGUCUUCUGUAUCUUAUUCUGGAGUUUCUGGAGAGUUUGAUGUCCCGUUCAAUUCUUUAGUUCUUUAAAAUAACACAUGAAUCAUGACCUCCUGUAAGUUACUGCAACACACGAUGAAUGGUGUAAUUUUGUAAACCACAUCACAAGAUUCACUUUGUAACAUGGCUGCACGUAUAAAUGGAGUAUGCACA